CUCCCAGACUUGACAGAGCUCGCGCCUAUACCUGAGAAAAUAGACUGUAAUUGCUUGCACUGUCUUCAAACCGACACCUGUUGGAACAGACCACUGGUUCACAUCGUGUGGAAAAACAAGGACAUUUAUAGAGUUCUACUUUUGAGGUGAGACCGAGAAAUAUUCGCUUGCCAACAUGACUGAGAGACCAGCUCGUAGGUUUCAUAACCUGACAAUUGAACAAGUUCACACUUUAGACCAGGUCCUAACAGAGGUGAUACCCAUUCAUGGGAGAGGCAACUUCCCAACACUGGAGGUGAAACCCAAGGACAUCAUUCAUGUGGUAAAAGAGCGACUGAUUGAAAAGGAGAUUACUGUCCGUGACAUCCGUCUCAAUGGCUCAACUGCAAGUCACGUCCUGGUCAAGGAGAAUGGGACCAGCUAUAAGGAUCUGGACAUUAUUUUUGGAGUGGAGCUCCCUAAGCAAGAGGACUUCCAGAUCGUGAAGGAGGUAGUCCUUGAUUGCUUGCUAGACUUCUUGCCCAAGUGCGUCAACAAGGACAAAAUCACUGCACUGACCAUGAAGGACGCAUACGUUCAGAAGAUGGUCAAGGUUUCCACCGAGCAUGACCGCUGGAGCCUCAUCUCACUCUCCAACAACAGCGGGAAAAAUGUGGAGCUCAAGUUCGUCAACUCAAUGCGGCGCCAGUUUGAGUUCAGCGUGGACUCCUUUCAGAUUAUCCUGGACCAUAUACUGGAGUCUUACCAGGACUCUGAAAGAGAAAUGGCAGCAAUGGCCAAGGCCAAGAAACUCCUUGAACAGAUCAAAGAAACUCAGACUAAGGACAAGGAAUUGCAAGCCCAAGACAAGACAUUGCCAGCCCAGACCCAAAGGUCAGUGGACCAGACAGAAGAAUUGCUGGUUGAGGCCAAGGCAUCGCUGGCCCAGGACAACCAGUUGACAGUCCAGGAAAAUGAGGCACCAGCCCUGAACACAGAAACAACAUCCCAUGGCAAUGAGUCACAAGACCAGUGCAAAGAAACACCAGCCAUGUGCAAGGCAACACCAGCCAUGAGCAAGGAAACAUCAACCCGGGGCAACAAGUCACCAGCCCAGUGCAAAGAAACACCAGCCAUGGACAUGGAAUCACCAGCCCAGGACAAGGAGUCACCAGCCAUGGGCAAGGAAACACCAACCCAGGGCAUAGAGUCACCAGUCCAGGGAAAAGAAACCCCACCUCUGGACAUGGAGUCACCAGUCCAGAGGAAAGAAUCAUCAACAAAGGACAAAGAAUCACUGACGCCAAUAAAGGAGUCCCAGACCCCGGCCAAGAAGUCCCUGAUCCUGGCCAAGGAAUCACUGACAGCAGCCGUGGAGUCAGAGACCGUGGACAAGAUAGCACCAGCCCAGGAUAAAGAAUCUUUGACCAAAAUCAUGGCAUUGCCAGCCCAGGUCAAGGACUUACUGGCAGAGUCCAAGGAGUCACUGGCCAAGAACAAGGAAUCACUAGCCCUGGCCAAAGACUUAUCUUCUCAGACCAAGAAAUGCAUUACCAUGGACAAGAAGUCCCUGAACCAGGGUAAGGCAUUACCAGUCCAGCCCAGGGAGGUAACGACUCAUGCCAAAGCUUUACCAGGUCAUGCUGAAGCCUUGCCAGUCCAGGAAAAGGAAUUGGUGGCCCAGACUAAGGCAUUGCCAGUCAAGGUCAAGGACUCAUCAGAUCAGCUCAAGGAUUCAUCAGCUCAGGCCAAAGAUUUACAGGUCAGGGCCAAAGUAUUACCAGCCUGGGACAAGACACUGCCUGCCCAGGACAAGGAUUUAGCAGCCCAGGCCACUGAAUCCCUGGCCCAGAACAAGGAAUUGCUAUCCUUGACUGUGGUGGCCGAGAGCAUGUAUGGAAAUUUUGAGCAGGCCAUGGACCACCUGCGCUACCGGCUGAUUGCAACCAGGAAACCAGAGGAGAUCCGUGGUGGUGGGCUCCUCAAGUACAGCAACCUGCUGGUCAGGGAGUUCAAGCCAGCCUGUGAGACAGAGAUCAAAACCCUAGAGCGCUACAUGUGUUCCCGCUUCUUCAUCGACUUUCCGGACGUCAACGAGCAGCAGCGUAAGAUCGAGUCCUACCUGCGCAACCAUUUCAUUGGCGAGGAGAAGAGCAAGUACGACUACCUGAUGACCCUGCGUAGCGUGAUCAAUGAGAGCACCGUGUGCCUAAUGGGCCACGAGCGGCGCCAGACUCUCAACAUGAUCACUAUCCUGGCUCUAAAGGUCCUCGGCGAGCAGAACAUCAUCCCCAACACAACCAACGUGACCUGCUACUACCAACCAGCGCCCUACAUGAGUGACCACAACUUCAGCAACUACUACAUUGCUCACGGGCAGCCGCCAAUCAUCUAUCACCCCUACCCUCUGCACAUCCACAUGCAGACUGGUCUGGUGUAGCGAAAGGUGGGAGUAGUAAUAAAGAUAGAAGGAAAUCAGAUUCAAAUAAAGUGUGUGAAUGAAAAUAUUUCAGCUUGAAAUCUUAACAAUUGGUCAACGAUGCACCGCCUACGUGCGGAGUCCCUUAUCUCAAAAAGCUCCAGAUAACUCUUGCCUGUAGCUGUUGCUGGCUCGCACUGCAGGCACAGAGCCCAGUGACCUGCGGAAAGUUCUCCGUCUAAGGCUAGGCAUCACAGAAAUCAGUGCGGUGGAUCAACUAGAAGGCGAGGUUACCUGCGUGAUCUAGUUGAAUAUAUGAAUCUAAUAAUAGCAGGUCAAUGCAGGUGUUCAUGCAUCAGGUCCAAUUUGAAACUGGUGUAAGAAAUAAGUAGGCAGGGUUGUGUGACUGACUCAUACCCUACUUUUUUUAAAGACCGCUAAAGUGUGCCACAUCUGUAUUGUUCUAUUCCUUUGCCAAAAUUACAGGUAUAAGGUCAAGUAGCUCCUGCUAACUCCAUGUUAGCCACAUGUACCUGAUAUAAAAGUAACUGUUGUGGUGGAAGAUAAUUCCACAUUUCUGAAGAACUACAAAGGAAUAGAAAUGUUGGUAACAUUUUUUAACAAACUGUCCAUGUUUAAAUCUAUUUAAACAAGAAACAGUCGAUACGUUCUUACGUUACUUUUUUUACAUACCAAUAUUCAUAUGGCUUAGAACCAGAGCGACUAAUUUAAAGUUCUUCAUUUUGAGAAAGUGAAUUUAAAAAGGCUUUCAUUUUUGUUUCACAUGGUUUUGUAGAUUGUAGGUGCAUACAAUAAUGUUGACUGUGUAUUGCACACAGCCAUUGGCAACAUGGCAACAUUACUAUAGCAUCUGUCGCUCUAGUUCUGAAACAGUAAUAUUGGUAAUACAGUAUAGAACGUAUAAGUAUUAGAUUCCAUUUCCCAUAAUUACAUACAAUUCUGAUGUGCCAUAUUGGAUUUCUAUUUUUACUGAGAUGAAAAUAUUUAUUUUCCAAAUGUUGUAAUUUAGUAGUAGAUCUUGUGAAAGCAGUGUUAAUAUUAUGUCAGGUUUUGUAGAAUAAUUCACCCUUAAUAAAUGUAAGGUUUUUACCAUUAUCAAUUCACUCAUCUACCUAUUACAUUGGCAAUAAUGCUACAGUCACUUGCCUGUACAAGACCACAGAAGUAAAGGCUUAAGCCAAACUAUUCAUUGAAAAAGGAUAGUUUGUAUGGUUCCCAUUGAUAAAGCUUGGGCAAAUCAUUAUUUACCAUUUUGUCAGGGGAUUUUCUUGAACCCUUAAAGCUGACAGUAUUCUAUAUCAAUGCUUUCCCUUGAAUCACUGUUUUUUAGGCUCUAUAAAAAAAAAACAUUCUUACAGUAUAUACUGAACAACAAGUGGUCUGUACAAUGAGUCAUGGAGGAUUGAGUUCAAUAUGAAACCCCAGAUAUCAAUAGGGGUUCCAUAAUGUGAUGAAACAAUGGAUUUGUAACCCCUAGAUAGGGUUUGUUUGGAUCAAAUGGUUUUUAGAACCCAGCGUACAGAAAUCUGCUGUUCAGUAUGUAAGAAUGGUUCCAGUGAAAGACUGAAUGGAACUUAUGAUUCUUUAUAGAAUGCAAAGGCACCCUCUUUGAUAGGAGUGCACAAGAAGGAACAAUUCAGAACACUAAAUAAUCUUAAAUUAAACAAAUCCUUUGUUGGUAUGUGACGGAUUAGCUGCUGCAGGAAAGCACUGGCUGGAAGUGACAAGUUGAAGUUCAACCUCACUUUAUACAGAUAGAGGCGAGUUCAUUUUCAGCUGGAAGUCACACUGUAGAUCAGCACCUUUUUACUUUAGAUACAUCUGUGCACCUUAAAGGAUAUGAAAACAAACCCUGGAUGAUAUUUUCUUAUCAGGAUUUAACCAGUAAACAAUAACCACACAAGUGCUUAUCUCCAGAAAAAGUUCCUAUGAACCCUAUAUUAUUAUUACUACAAAUACAUUACAUACCAUGAAAGCCUAAAGAGUAUUUUUAAACAUAUAUAGGGAACAAUAUGCAUUUUUGUCUCAGGUAAUGUGUCAAAAGUCUGUGUUGUUAAAUAAGCACCCUGAUGAAAUUUCCAGUAAAGUGUUUCCCUUGAGAUUCCCCUUGAAUUUGGAUAUUUUAACCUCACAAGUGGAGAAAUGUUGCUUUCAAAAUGGUUCCACUUCAAAUUAAACAUUUUAAUUGCAUUUAAUUGGCACCUUCUUAAUCGUCUCUUACUUGCUGGUCAAUGCAGUGCAGAUAGCAAUCUACUUCAAUUUACCUUUAAAGGCACUCUCCAUUAAUACCUUUACAGGGAAAUGCAUAUCUAUUUGGGGAACCUGAUAAAGGGUUGUUUUCUAUUAAUCAAAAAUGCAUACAAAUUACAGUCACUAUUGACAAGUAGUGGAUAUAUUACAUUGUUCAUGGCUUAACCAGGAUUUCAGUACCUCUUUCACUGCACUCUUGCAUUGGUUAGUUUGUUUAGUUCAUUUCUAAUGGUUUUUCUAAACAUCUCUACAGCCCUCUCCCCUCAGUGUUUGUUUGCAGGUGUUAGAAUCCUCCCUAUGUACUUUGUACUAGACAGAAUAGGAUUGAUUCAAAUGGCAGUGGAUUUAAAUACUGGCACAUUUUAUAUAUUAUAAAUAUGGACCCUGGUAUUUUCUAAAAGACAAAGGAGACUCUAAUGCUGGUUUUAACAAAGGGUCUUGUAUUGAUUCAAUUGUUUGGUGUUUUUUUUAAUAUUGAGUUGAUGCACACAUGCAUAUUACAAUUAAGUAGAAAGAGCAGUUAAUAAGAGAUCAAUUCAGAUGAGUCUUUCCCAGUCCAGGGAAGAAAGAUUGGGGGCUGUAGUUUGGGCUGCUAUUCGUAUAUGUUGCACUGACAUAUCUAAAGUUAAGAAACAAAUUAUCUGCACAACAACAAGAAGAGCAUGGAAAACGGUCAGAUAGCUAAUAAAGGGAAGAGAAACUGAUAAAAGCUAUAGAUUUAGCAAUAUUUAAUGUAAAUAUUGAGCUGUGAAAUAAAUACAAACAAGCCUAAUUUGUAAAGACUUUGCAUUAAGUGGGUGCCUGUUCUGUUGAGUAGAAACCCAUUGAAAACCUUAUUGAGCCUAUUGGGGUCUCCUUGUAGUCAUUACUGGAGUUUCCAUAUGAGUGUUUAACAGGGGUCUCCAAUUGAAUGGGUAUGUAUGUCCAUAGUGUGUGGAGGGUCAUGCAGAAGCAUGUUUCGUAAUCAAGUGUUGUACCAAAAUGACACUCAUUGACAACAGUGGAACUCUAUCACUCUGCCCAUCUGGGUGUGAGUGACUCAUCGGAAACCAGUACCAGCCUGUCUAUUUAGUUUCCAGCACUGGGAUUCCGAGGGCCUUGGAACACCGAAUUGAUGAUUUGUUUGGUCUGUCCAAAUCAAUUUUAAUAAGUCUGGGACAAGGAUGAAAUGCUUGUACACAUUACAUUCUAAAAGAAUACAGUUGUGGCAGUGCUAUAUAACACUAUGGAGGAUUUAAAGAGUAAUUUAUGUAGUACAAGAUCUAUAAAUACUAAAAUUAUUGGGAUCACAUUUGGGCAAAUGCACAUACCUCCACAUUAAAAAACCCUCUGUUGUACUAUGAAUCGUUUGUUUGUCGUGUCUAUGAGAAGGUAGACUAGUUAUAUUGAGGAAAACUUAUAUUGAGGAAACAAGUAAACCAUUAUGCUAACAUUGUUUUACAUUGUUUUUCAGAAAUACUGAGGACAGUUUCAUAUGGACCUCAGAAAGUUUAAUCUUUAAAGGUAUAGCCUUUACUUCUUAUUAAAUUAGAGGAAAAACAAAAAAGUCCCUAGUCAAUUAGGGAACCUUUUUAUUUUGGGACCCUCGUUAACCCAGCACUUUCCAUUUUCAUUUCGUUUCACUCCCAAUUUUCAAACAAUUCCACUGUUUCUUUUCACAAUUUUUAAAUAAGCACUUGCCCCACUGGAUCCAAGCCAGCUCUUAGUUUAGCAGUCCGGGCUCUGUAAGUGUGUGAAAAGUAGAUACUGAUUUUCACCAGCAGAGGGAGCGCUAACGAGAUGCAUCGUUGAGGUUCAAAGACAGGACUAGAAAGGUGUUGGUAGUGUGUUAGUUUUGACAACCAUUUUUGCAGCAGUAAAGCUUUUUCAUAAAAUACUGGCACGUAAGAAAUAUCAAAUUGAAACCAUUUACUACCCUUUCAAUGUGAACUUCAGGGCAUGUUUCAAUUCUCAAGUUAUUUUUAUACAGUGUUUCGUCAAAUGUCUGCUGUGAAUACAAAUUAUUUAUGCAUGCAGUACUGUAUCAAAUAUUGGCGCAAUUUUUGGGGUAAUGUAUAAAAAAUAGAAAUACAGAAACAACCUGUAUGUUUGAAGUCAAACUGCCGCUGCUUAUACCUUUUAUUAAAACAUUUAAAAAAUGCCUAAACCCAUGUAUAUAUUAUUUAUUUAUUUUAAAAUCUAGUCGUUGCCAAUUUUUUAUUAUUUUCUCCCAAUUUGGAAUGGCCAAUUAUUUUAUUACGGUCGGCUCGCCGCUACCACCCCUGCGCUGACUCGGGAGGGCGAAGAUGAACACACGCUGUCCUCUGAAGCGUGUGCCGUCAAGCCGACCCUUGGGCAUCUUACAGGCGCCCGGCCAGACUACAGGGGUCGCUGGUGCGCGGUGAGCCGAGGACACCCUGACCGACCUAGCCCUCCCUCCGCCCCCCCGGGCGACGCUCAGCCAAUUGUGCACCGCACCCUUGGAGGCUCCCGUCCUCGAUCGGCAAAGUAAUAGCCCGGAUUCGUACUCGAGACUAGCAGGCUAUGGAGCGCAUCCUGCACUCACGUGGAACGCCUUUCCUGGAUGAGCCACUCGGGAGCCCCUGUAUAUUAUGUAUAAUGGCGAUGUUAAUCAAGGCAAUAGUGAGUAUAGAUUUGAAGAGAGUAUUGAUUAAUUCUGACAAAAGACCUCAAAAAUGUCUUUCUUUUUAAAAUUUCCACUUACACCUGGAGAAUAGACUUUUGAGGUUUUGAAAGCUAAUUUAUAACUGAUUUUAAACCAGUACAGCAGUUCCCUGCAGCUUCAAGAGGCACGUCUUUUUUUGUUGCUGUAGCUUUCUUUUUUUAAUGUCUUCUCCAAUUGAUGCCCCUCGGUUUCCAGUCCUCAGAUCGAAUGCAGAGCCUUGGGUUGCACUUUAUAUAACGUCUUUGUAAAGGCUGAGGGUCUGUACAAAUGACUCCCUCCAUCACGCUGUUAUCUUGUCAAUUACAGAGCACUGAUCCCAUCGUUAGAGUGAUCGCUCUGGCCCUGGCUAGACGCACGGGAAACAGAAAUGAAUGAAGGAAUGGGGAGAACAGCAUCAUGAUACCGUGACAUGCCGAUUUCGUGCUUUUCAUUACCAAGGCGUUCGUCUGAGGAGCCUCCUGAGCAAAUUAACAACUCAAGACGCUUUCGCUAAAAGCUCUUGUUGGAUUUUCAGUCAAUCAGCACACGCCCAGUUUAAUUUGGAGCCUUGUAAUGGAUAACGACAGCUCCCGAAUAACCGGUUUGUUUUACAAACGGGCUUCAUAGCAGCAAUUUGACAUCAUUUAGGUCAAGGUUGUCACGUCUAGAGGGUUUUUUAAAAUCAUAUUCUGACCGUUACAAAGAAUGCAUUCCAAAGCGACUCGUUUUUAUUCAUGUUACCACAUAUAGAAGGCACGUCCCUGUUAUUUUUAGAUUAACUCUAAAAUAAUUAGGAAACUUCUUGCCACCAACUGUAAAGUAGGUGUGAUAUUAGAUAAUGCAAUAUCUCUAACCCUGAAAACAAUCCUGAAAUUAAGCUUAGUCAACAGUGUAAACCUGACCCAUUUCCCCUGCUUUGUAAGCAUAAAAUAUACCAGAUUCCCAACUUUCCUUCACAUCAUAUCAUAAAACCACAGCAUAUUCAUAACUAAAAAGAAAGUGUCUAAUCAUUUUCGACAUUUGUUUCAACAAGCACUCAUCAAUGUCCUUAUAUAUGUUUUCUUUGAAAAGAAAAUGAGUAUGCCACCACAACAGCCAAUCGAAUGUUCUGUUUAAUUGUUCUAUUGCUAAAUUCCAAUUGUAUUUCUUCACAAUGUCUUUAUUACAUGUCAUUGGAAUACAAUUGUGUCAUCAUCACAGGUCGCAGUCAGGGCUACUGAUGUUUUAUUUGAUUUAAAAAAUGCAUUAAAAAAGACAAUGCAGUACAUUGUAAAGCUAAUGCAAAGAUAAUAUAUAUUUUAUACUGCAAAUGUUUUCUUUUCCUGUACAGUCCUGUUUUUUUAAUGUCUGUUGAUAAAGGCUUUAAAACGUAUUGAUUAUACACAUGGUGUUCUGACAGACAGAUGGGUCAUUACCAGUACUAUGAAAAUGUGACCCUGUUUUUUAAGAUUGCUGAAAUGACUAUUAUGAUUUGUGAGUAUUAAAUUGAGGGUAGUGUAUGUAUAUGGUUAAUACAGCCCUCCCACUGCGGUUCAAUAAUAGAUGCCUCAUUAGGGCCUGUGCUUUUGAUGUUCAGAAACAAAAAUGCAUUCAGUGAAGACUAAUGUCAAUGCAAGCCUCUCUUGGUUGCUGCCAACGACAUGCACAAAAUAGCCUUUCCCUAGGGCUCGUUUCAAUUACAAUGAAGUGUAGGUGUACUGUAAGUGUCUUUGGGAGAGCAGCACAGAAUAAUGUCAAGGUUUUAAUUAGGUGUCUAUAUUAAAAAAUAAAUGUAAGGUCAUUGGGGGUGGUGAGGUGGUGGAGGGUUUAAAGUCUAUGUUUUGUGUGGUACAAAAUAUUUUCGCUUACUCUUGU